AUGCAGACCUCCUCGCUCCGCCGGCAGAUGAAAAACAUGGUCAACAACUACACGGAGGCCGAGAUCAAGGUCCGGGAGGCCACCUCCAACGACCACUGGGGGCCUCCCAGCUCCCUCAUGUCCGAGAUCGCGGACCUGACCUUCAACGUGGUGGCCUUCACCGAGGUGAUGGGCAUGAUCUGGAAGCGGCUCAACGACCACGGCAAGAACUGGCGCCACGUGUACAAGGCGCUCACGCUGCUGGACUAUUUGGUCAAGACGGGCUCCGAGCGCGUGGCCAAAGAGUGCCGGGACAACAUCUACACCGUCCAGACCCUGAGGGACUUCCAGUACAUAGACCGGGACGGCCGCGACCAGGGCAUCAACGUCAGGGAGAAGGCCAAGCAGCUGGUGGCGCUGCUGAGGGACGAGGAGAGGCUGAAGAAGGAGAGGAGCCAGGCUCUGAAGACCAAGUCCCGCAUGGCGGGGGUCUCCAGCAGCCUGGGCUCCGGCUCCGUGCCCCCGCCGUACCCAGGCCGCCACGCCGCCACUUCGUACGGGGAUGAUUUCGGCAGUUGCCGAGGCUCGCCAUCCUUCCGCUCUUCCUCUGCCUCUCCUCCACUGGCACCAGAUCUGGAACAAGCUCGACCGUCAACCAGCGGAGAAGAGGAGCUGCAGCUGCAGCUGGCCCUGGCUAUGAGCCGAGAGGAAAGUGAAAAGCCACCUCCCACAGUGGAUAUUGAUGAACAGACUCAGCUCCAGAUCGCUAUGACUCUCAGCAAGGAGGAGGCGCAGAAGCCGGCCCCGCGCGCACCUGCUGCCGCUCCGGAUAUGGAUGAAGACACCCAGCUCCAGUUAGCCCUGAGCCUCAGCAAAGAGGUGCACCAGCAGGAGCAAAUCAGUCGCCAAGGAGAUGAGUCUCUCCUCCAGAAAGCUUUGGAGGAGAGCAAACGUGAAAUGGAGUCAAAAGGCGGGACAGCCUUUAUGGACCUGGUAGAUGUUUUUGCAGUGCCUUCAGACGCGCCACCCAGUAACCACCGCUGGAACAACGCCCCACGCCAGGCCGCCGCCGCUGCUGCUGCUGGAGGCUCAGACCCCUGGGACUCCCUCGAAGACAGUGUCCACAUCCCAGGAGCAGAUCCUGCCUGGAUGGCACCGCCAACUUCCAAUAGUCCCCCACCCCCGUGGGAGCCCCCGGCCAACCCCUGGGGCGCACAGCAGAACAAUGUCUCCAGCACCAACCCUGCAGGUCGGGUGUGGUCUAUCCCUGCUACAGGAGUUGAUCCCUUAUCAGAAAGUACAGCAAGUAGGGAACCCCCUCUUCGAAGUGGAAGUCCGUCAGAUGGGGAUCUAUUUGAUGAAGCCAUGGAUGGCGGUCAGGUGAGCAUUAAUGGACGAGGGGAGGGCAGUCCUGAGCUCUUUGACAUGUCCCGUCUUGGAGAAAGCCUAGCCGCACCAAGCCCUCGAACAUGCCGGACACCCGAGGCCUUUCUGGGCCCGACGGCAGCGUCCUUGGUAAACUUGGACGCCUUGAUCCCGACUAAUCCACAACCCAAGAACAAGAACCCCUUUUUAUCAGGACUGAGCGCUCCCUCACCCAGCAAUCCUUUCCAAACUGAGCAACCAAAACUGAGUCUGAAUCAAAUGGGCUCUACAUCUGCGACCCCCCAAGCCACCUCUCUUCCGUACAGUGCCUCCUUGCCCCUGCCUAUGAGCCAUCAGGGUGCCAGCCUCCCUUCAUCUCUCACUCACCCCACUCAGCCCGGCCUGGACCUGCAGAGGAACCUCCCGGAGCCCCUGCUGCCCUUCUCCUCUUCCAGUGCUGAUGGAUCACAAGCUGCACAGAGCAACCAGAACCCUUUCUUAUGA